AUGCUUAGAAUUACAACGUAUCGCCAGCUACCAAGGAUUACCUGCUCAAUUCGUUUGGUGGAAGCAGUUAGAUUCACAAGUACAACUCAUGUACCACCAAUUAGAGAAGUUUCUACAAAACAAAAAGACGAAAGAGGCCAUGCUAACUUAGGGCUCCCUAAAGACCAACAAAACUCGCAAAAACCUGGUUUCAAAAUAGGAAACAUGAGUUUCUUGGAUAUAGGUACCCGUGUUUACAACAAUCAAGGUAUCGCAGAGCAAGAUGAUAACAAAUUUACAACCAAACCAGCUUACGUGCAUGCAGAUUUCACAGAAACUGGUCUUCAGAAUGUUGAUUUGGCACAUCAUGUUCCAAAAACCUUGGGAGACAAAGUUUCUUUAAACCUCACCUUGUUUUGUCGUCACUGCUUCGAUUUAGUAACAGGCUAUAAGUGGCCUAAAACAAACGACCCAAAUGAGUUCAAAGGAACUCGAUGGGAAAUGACAGAAAGCAAAUGGUUGACCAGAGUGAUUUUUUUGGAAAGUGUUGCGGGAGUUCCUGGCGCAACGGCAUCUUUCCUCAGACACUUAUAUUCGUUGAGAAUGUUAAAAAGAGAUCGUGCUUGGUGUGAAACAUUAAUUGAUGAAGCUUACAAUGAACGUGUCCAUUUGCUCACAUUUUUGAAAAUAGGAAAACCUUCUUGGUUUACUAGAAGUAUCAUCUACAUUGGUCAAGGUAUUUUUACCAAUGUGUUUUUUUUCAUGUACUUGUUGAAACCAACCUAUUGCCACAGAUUUGUCGGCUAUUUAGAAGAGGAGGCAGUUAAAACCUAUACUCAUCUUUUACACGAUAUGGAUCAACCUGGUAAUUUACCAUUGUUUCAAAAUAUGAAAGUUCCACAAAUUGCUGUUGAUUAUUGGCCAAAUUUGACACAAGAGUCGAGUUUCAGAGAUUUGAUUUUACAAAUUAGAGCAGACGAGUCCAAACACCGUGAAGUUAAUCACACAUUUGCUAAUUUGGAUCAACAUAAAGACAGGAACCCAUUUGCAUUGCAUCUUCCUGAUGAAAACAAACCUCAACCAAAUCUGGGAUUGGAUGUUGUCAAACCAGCAGGUUGGGAAAGAAAGGAUUUGACUUUGUAA